AUCACUUCAUGUUCUUUUGUUAGAUUCACUCCUCAGCUUUUGCUGAGUGUGUAGUUGUUUUUGCUACACGCAGAGAAUGAGUCAAGCAGCUCGCAAUGACGGACAGGCGGUCCUAGAGGGGGAGCCUGAGCACGUGAGCGUGCACACUGAAGCGUCGAGCUUCACACCUCAGCAGGCCUCCGAGCAGGCGGUCCCGGGCGUGGGCCCUAUACCGGAAGCCAUCUCUAUUGUCCAGCCGCAGUUCGCGGCUAACUUCAUGAACUUCCUCCAGCAGAUGGCUGGAGCUUACGUGCCACCACUGCCACCACCGCCGCCACCAGUGGCGGUGGUCACUAUCGAGAAACUCCGGAAGAAUGGAGCUAAAGAAUUCUUGGGCGAUCAGAUCGCCGACCCCAUGAUUGCCAAACGGUGGUUUGAGCGAACCAUCCGAGUGUUGGGGAACCUGAGGGUUCCACAGGAGCAGCGUGGCGACCUUGCAGUCGCAUUACUUCAGGAUUCCGCCUACGGCUGGUGGAAGCGUGUGGGAGCAGGCAUCCCGGAGCCCGUGCAGUGUGCCACAUUUGACCGACUCUUCCACGAAGAGUACAUCCCUGAGCACUUCGUCGAGGCGAAGCGGGAGGAGUUUUUGAAGUUCACCCAGGGUGAACUCACACUGCCUGAGUAUCGUCAGAAGUUUGACGAGCUCGAGGGGUUUGGGCAAGACCUCGUACCGACCGUGGGGAAGCGAUGCAAACGCUUCGUGGAGGGUUUACAUCCCGACCUUUCGACCCAUCUGAUCAUUGCUCCCCGGAGUGACAUCAAUGCGUUGUACAAGAAUUCAUUGGAUUUGAAUGCGGCCCUCAUCAAGAAGGUUGAGUAUGAGCAGACGCUAGGAGCGUCAAUGGCACCAUCUCGCCCUCCUCCACCCCAGAAGGCGGCGACCAGCAGCAAGAGGUCCUUUACAGCGCCGAGUAGCUCUCACCAGAGUAAGAAGGUGAAGUCAGCCCCAACUCAGUCAUCUGCGUCCGUACGGAAGAAGGGCAAGAGCGGGGAUGGGUUUCGCAACCCGAUUUGCGACCUUUGUGGGCGCAGGCACCCAGGAGAGUGUUGGUACACUCUUGGCCUGUGCCUUGGGUGUGGCCAGGCCGGGCAUUUCCGAAAAGAUUGUCCGAGGAAUCCGGGUGAAGCUUUCUCGACCGCACCAGCCGCUCCAGCCCCAGCAGCGCAGCCCGCCCAGAGUCAGAAGUCGGCGGCAGCAUCUAGCCAGCCCAAACGGCAGGCAUCUGGCGCUCAGGCGGGGAAGGCCCGUACUUACGCAAUGCGAGGGUGUACUGAGCAGCCCGCCCAUGACGUCAUCAUGGGUAUGUUUACCUUAUUCGAUACAUCUAUUACAGCUUUGAUUGAUCCGGGUUCCACUCUAUCAUAUGUUUGUAUGCCUAUGCCUGUUAUGCCUAACAUUCCGAGGGAAAAUUUAGACAAUCCGGUAUUAGUGUCCAACCCAUUGGGACACAGUCUACGACUCACCCAUGUGUAUCACGAUUGCCCAUUAGUGGUCCAGGGAAANCAUGACGUCAUCAUGGGUAUGUUUACCUUAUUCGAUACAUCUAUUACAGCUUUGAUUGAUCCGGGUUCCACUCUAUCAUAUGUUUGUAUGCCUAUGCCUGUUAUGCCUAACAUUCCGAGGGAAAAUUUAGACAAUCCGGUAUUAGUGUCCAACCCAUUGGGACACAGUCUACGACUCACCCAUGUGUAUCACGAUUGCCCAUUAGUGGUCCAGGGAAAGAUUUUCCCUGCGAGUCUCAUUGAGCUUCCACAUCGUGAGUUUGACGUUAUUCUAGGCAUGGAUUGGCUCACCGCCAAUCAAGCUGUUGUUGACUGUGGAGUUCAUACUGUUCGACUGAGAGCCGAAGACGGUAGUGACGUACUGAUCCAUGGUGAGCUUCUUCCGAAAGCUCCAGAAUUCAUUUCCUACAUUCAUGCUCGUCGACUCGUUCGCAAGAAGUGUGAAGCAUUCUUGUGCACAGUGCGUGACACUUGUCAGGAGGCGCCUGGUAGGGGGGACAUCCCUACGAUAGCCUCAACCCAGAGCAGUGAUGAUUUCUGUAUCGAGAGCUUUGGGCUCGUCUCUCGAGGAGAGAAGCCAGAUUUUGCAGUUCGAGAUGGUAUCUUGUACUAUCAGGAGCCUUACAAGCUCGGGUUACCAGCAGAGUUGAGCAAGAUCCACGAUGUGUUCCACGACUCCAUGCUCCGGAGGUACCGGUCGGACCCUUCUCAUGUGAUUUCAGCUGAUACGGUCACACUUGAUGAGAAUCUUACGUAUGAGGAGGAGCCGGUUAAGAUUCUGGCUCAUGAGGUCCGUCAGUUGAGGAACAAAACCAUUCCGCUGGUCAAGUACGGAGUAUUUAACAAUAUUGCGGAAGCGAAUUUAAUAUUGACAUAUCAUAAAUCAUUUCAAAACUUGUCACAUCCAUCCCGACAAUCUCGCCCCAUCUGCCGCCAGGAUCACAUUAAUCUUUCUGUUUACCUGCGUGUAGCAAAUAAAACAUACUACACGCUCAGCGAUGAAGCUGAGGAGGACUUCAAGCGCCUACUACAGUGGGCCCGUCCAGGAACCUUUGGGGACCAGCAGAUUCACUCCUCAGCUUUUGCUGAGCGUGUAGUUGUUUUUGCUACACGCAGGGGUAAAGAUUCGACACCGAUCCGGUCAUACAAAACAUACUAUGGGUUGAUCGAGGAUACAUGGGAACUCGAAUAUACAAACUUCACAAUUCCUGUUUUACGGUGUAAAUGGGUGGAUAUCAACAAGGGGAUUAAAUCAGAUGACAUGGGGAUUAAAUUAGUGAAUUUUCAGAAGUUGGGUCAUCAUGAGGAACCAAUUAUAAUGGCCUCUCAAGCGACACAAAUCUAUUACAUUGUUGAUCCUAAAGAUAAAAAUUGGUCUGUUGUUCGACAAGGGAAGAGGGCAUCAAUUGAGUUGGACGAUGGUUUAUACGACGAAGCAACUGGUAUGGCAGACGAACGGAAGAAGAAAAAGGUUAGAGGUGCAGGGAAGUGCGAGAAGCUGUAUAAGAGGAGGAGGGAGGGUCACCCGCCUAUAGAGCUUGAGUGGGAGCGUGGGGAGCCUGUACGUGGACCGUAUGUUUCGAAGUUUUCUGGGCUUGUAGGGUUUGAGGUCCGAUCGAGAGUGCCGAUUACUUAUAAUAAUUGGCAUGAAGUUCCGAAAGACCUGAAGGCCACGGUACUAGAUGGUGUUCGGGCUAUAUAUGUGAUACCUCCCGGUGGGGCCCGGCAUGUCAUGACGGUUGCCGUGUCGAGACUUCGCGCUUUCAGGACAUAUUUACGAAAAGCCUAUUUGGCGGAGGGUGGGGAACAUUACGGCAAGUCUCCCUCUGGUCUUUACACCUUCAUAGAUCCAGAGCAUUGGGAGGAGUUUCAGAUCCAGAUGGGGACUCCGGAAGCUAAGGUCCAACUGAAGAAAGAGGUCGCAGCUGGUACCUUUGUGCUAGAAGGGCACAAUGAUGUACUGACUAGAGCUUUAGGGACCGUCAAGCACCCGGGGCAGACGAGGGGUGUUGGGUCAUAUUCGGGCUUAAGUAAAGUUUUCAAAGGCAACAUGAGGCCUCGUAAGCCCGAAGGUAACUAUAUGACUGAGGAGGAUCUUUUGCAGCGUCUUCCUUCCCUUCUGCAGCAGUAUGGAGUAUCUAUGUCUGGGGGUGCUCCAGACUUUGCAUCCAUGUCGCAGCACACACCUUCUGUAGCACCUCCUUAUGGGCAGCGUAGUAAUAAGGCGUCUAUAGAUUUUGUUGUUGCUGCUUGUUACUUGAGGAUCUUUGAUCCAUCGAGUUAUAUAAUGGCACAUGGAUCGGUUUUCCCACGUGCCCUGGGAGAUGUGGUGCACGGUGUUCCACUCCUUCCUCAACAGGUUAAGGUCUCUGUGACCCUUGUGCUUCCUGGAAUGGGUGAGUAUACCAUUCCUUGUCCGACUGAGCAUAUAGAGACUGUCGCUGAUUGCGAGGGGAGCUUCAUUGCAUGGCCAAAGUCGUUGGUGGGCUUUGGAGAUCCCCCGUUGCACACGGCUCGACAUGGCGACUUCUCAUCAAGCAAAUCCCGUCCUAUUCUCGACGUACGCCCCACUGCUCCUCCUAACUCUCCCGUACAAGAUGUUGUUGACCGGAUCUCAUACGUCUCAUUCGGGCUGAUGUGCACGGAGUUGUGUCAGUGGCUGACACGCACAUCAGAUUUGCCAACCAUCAUCGUCAUUCUCGAUCCCGAGUCUAUGCUCUAUCAGGAGGAGACAGAGCUUAGGAUGCGUCCGGAGAAUAUAUGUGAGUUCAUGCGAUGGGAGGAGGUCGAUCAGGCCAUCAUCAUUGUUUUCUUGAGAUUGUUGCACGAUCAUAUGAUAGAGAACGGCAUCGCGUCUGUCGGGAUGUUAUGUCCGGAGAACAUGGCAUACGUGGUAGGUCUUGGCGGUUACUUCGGGAACGACACAUGCCUCAGCUUAAGGCUCGACCGGAUUGGGUUGAUGUUCCCGGAGUACCCCAACAAGUAGGGAACGUUGAUUGUGGUUAUUAUACCAUGCGAUUUUGUUGGCUCAUCGUCACUAUGUGUGCACAAUGUUCUUUACCGUUAUCCGAUGUGUUUCAGUCUACUUCACCUUAUCCUA